AUGGAAAGCGAGGGUUUAACCAAUGAACAACCGUCAACUUCGUAUAAUGGUGACGAACAUGUAAAUAAUUGGGGUUCGCUGGGAAAUUCCCACGACAACGAACACUCGUCGAUUCCCAUAGCGGAGAUUUGUCCUACUUUUGAGGAAGAGAUCUUCCCAUACAAGAAGCAAAGACCAGAGAGAGCUGGGGAGACUCAAUCUCAACAAGGCUCUCAAUCGACACGACAUGAUUCUCGGGAAGACGAUAAUUUUGUGGCUGAAGACGAUGCUGAAGGAAUUGGACCAACUUUCCCCCCAACAGAUGCAUUCGGUUUCAUUCGAAAGCCGGAACAGAUAGACAACAAUCGACCACGCAUUGACAUGCCGACUUUACAUCGAAGGGAAAAAAAGUGGAUUGAGAUGCUGGAGAAUUGGCGAUAUUACAUGGAUGAUAAAUUUGAUAAAGUUCGAUCACGUUGCCGAAAAGGAAUCCCUCCCGCGUUGAGAGGAAGAGCUUGGAAAUAUUUAUCUGGAGCAGCAUAUCAGAUGGAAGUCUCCAAUAAUCAAUACGUGUUUGAUUACCUUCAAAGACAACCAGGAGAUCCAAAAUUUGUCGAUGAGAUCAUGAAAGAUUUGAAUCGACAAUUUCCGGAACAUGAGCUCUUCGCAAGAACUGGGAAAUAUGCACAAGGGGGAAAAGAAGAUCUUUUCGAACUACUGAAGUGUUGGACUGUUUUACAUCCAGAAGAGGGUUAUUGCCAAGGACAGGCUCCGGUUGCCUCUGUUCUUCUCAUGCAUAUGCCGCUUAAGGACGCAUUUUAUUGCUUUGUUCAAGUUUGCCAUAAAUAUCUUCAAGGAUAUUAUAGUGCUGGAUUGGAAGCUGUUCAAAUCGAUGGAGAUAUUCUCAAUCAAUUACUCAAAGAAAAGUCAAAAAACAGCUACCGUCAUUUGAAGAAAAAUCACGUUGAGCCGGUGUUGUACAUGAUCGAAUGGUUCAUGUGUGUUUAUUGCCGUUCUUUGCCUUGGCCCACUGUGCUCCGCAUUUGGGAUAUGUUCUUUUGCGAAGGUGUCAAGAUACUCUUCAAAGUGGCUAUUGUCAUUCUUCGUGGAGUUCUCGGCACAAAUGAUCAGUGCAAAGCUCAUCCCGAUUUACAUUCAAUUGUCAUCGGCUUGAAAAACUUGCCUAAUCAAGUGACAAAUGAAGAUACGUUAGUCAAAAAGGUUUGUGAAUUGGAAAUCGACGAUGUGGCAAUGGAGAGAUUGCACUAUCAAGCAAUGAAACUACGUCAAAUGCGUCAAAAUGGAAAAAGAAACUUU